GUGCUACAGAAAUUUAAAUUACUUCUGAAAUUUAACCCUAGUUACGGAAAUAAAUUUUACCACUUGAGUUAUGAUGAUAAAAUUAUUGUCAUUGCAUCUGUUUUUUAUAACAGAGGAGAAGAUCUCAGAAUCGGUACAUUGGUGGGAGAAGAUCAGUUUGGUAAUAAAUAUUAUGAAAGUGACAGAUAUUUUAUAGGACGUCAUCGUUGGGUGUCAUAUACAAGAAACAGGUUCUGGGAUUAUGACAGUUCACAGAUACCUCCCGAAUGGCACCGGUGGAUACACUGCAUGACAGACGACCCACCAUCAAAGGUUCCACUUCAACCACCUAGAUUUCGCAUGGAACACACCGAGAAUCUAUCCGGAUCCAGUAGAAGCUAUGUACCCUACUCAACAACACCCAAGAAGAUCCAUGAAUGGGUUCCUCCAUCAAAAUCAUAAUUAAGACUAAUUAAAUUUGAUUAGUGUUCAGUGUAUAUAAAAAUAGAUAUAAAUUGGUAGAUUUU